AAGUUGAUUGAACAUCGCCUCCUUGGUGAGAGGCUGUUUGCAUCCGACUGCAGGAAUCACAUGAUCCCUUCAAGAUCCUGUUUCCUCCGAGCAUAGACUGUAUAUAAAAAGGUUUCGAGUAAAAGCUACAUGCAGUUCAAGGUACAGAUGCAAUAACUCUUUACUUUCUGUUUUAUUGGGACAAUAACGCUGCUGUGAAAGUUUUGGUCAUAUACUACGCGGUUGCGUCAAAGCCGCUACAGUCUUUCGCCAGCUUGUUUAGCAACCCUGAUCUCAUUUUAGUGUUGCUGGAUGAUAUAGUUUCCUUGGACGAUGAAGCUGAUCAUACUCAAUGACUACGACCAGGCAAGCGAGUGGGCUGCAAAGUACAUUAGAAACAAGAUUUUACUAUUCAAACCUGGCCCAGAUAGAUAUUUCACCCUGGGGCUCCCCACAGGAAGCACACCUCUGGGUUGUUACAAGAAACUGAUCGAGUACUACAAGAAUGGUGAAAUCUCAUUCCAGCAUGUGAAGACUUUCAACAUGGAUGAAUAUGUAGGACUUCCCAGAGGUCACCCUGAGAGCUACCACUCCUUCAUGUGGAAUAACUUCUUCAAGCACAUAGACAUAAAAGCAGUAAACACCCACAUCCUUGAUGGCAAUGCCACCGAUCUGCAAGCAGAGUGUGAAUCCUUUGAGGAAAAGAUUACAGCUGCCGGGGGGAUCGAGCUCUUUGUCGGAGGUAUUGGACCCGAUGGCCACAUUGCCUUUAAUGAGCCUGGUUCAAGCUUGGUUUCCAGGACCAGGGUGAAGACUCUGGCAAAGGACACUAUCAUGGCUAAUGCCCGAUUCUUUGAUGGGGAUCUCUCAAAGGUGCCCACCAUGGCUCUGACUGUGGGAGUAGGCACUGUCAUGGAUGCAAAAGAGGUCAUGAUUCUCAUCACUGGAGCACACAAGGCAUUUGCUUUAUACAAAGCUAUAGAAGAUGGUGUGAAUCACAUGUGGACAGUGUCUGCGUUCCAGCAGCACCCACAGACUGUUUUUGUAUGUGACGAAGACGCCACCCUGGAACUGCGGGUCAAAACUGUAAAGUAUUUCAAAGGGAUGAUGCAUGUGCACAACAAGCUGGUGGAGCCACCUUCUUCAGGCCCUAAGAAGAACUGAUCUAAGAUGUCUUUAAAACUUUGUGGAUUCAUGAGACAUUUUUCAAAAUAUUAACACUCCAAUGAUUCCUUUAUCUUCCGAUGGAGAUACAUUAGUGGACAUCAAGCAGUGCUUGAGUUAACCACAACUAAUCUUUGUAGAAAUAAUCAGGUGCUCAGUAUUCAGGUGAUUGUUCAUACAGCUGUGCUAGUCAUUUGUUCUUUGUAAUAAAGUGCAUUUAAUUUUUAUAUAUUGGGUGUGUUAUGGGAUAGUGCUGUGGCAUCCAGUCUUUUAGUCCUGUCACAUGACAACACGGAACAACUCAUGUUGCCUUUAGGUGCUCCUUGUAAUCUUCCAUUUCCACAUUUGAAAGUGACUUCAUUGUAUGUUUAAGAGAAAUGUAGGAGCCCAGACCCCUUGUUGCCUGCCAUGGAGUAUAACUAAGUACACAAUAGUCUGCAGUUUUGAGGUACUUCUACUGUACUAGAAGGUGAAAUUAUGAUUUUCUGCUACUUUGUACUUCUUCAAGCACACGUACUCCAUACUUUUCAGAGGCAAAUGUUCUAUUUUUUGCUCCACUAUAUUUGCAGAUGAAGAUUUUUACAAACAAUCCCUAUGAUCAGGUCACAAAAUAAAAUGCAUUGUUGAUUAAUAAAUUACCCAAUGAUUC